UUGAUCAUUUCCACGUUCUUUUCAGGCAUGGGCUUCGUUGGGGACUCGGCUGCUAGUGCUAGUCGCAGCGAUAUUAUCAACAACUACGAAAAAUGGAAACAGAAAUACCAAAAGAGAAAGGCCAAGAAGAAGUUGUGGAGGAAGAAACGAAAACCCGAGUGGCUGUUGGAGAGGGAGCAGAUCGCCAGGCUGGUUCGUCGCUAUUCGCAGAUAAAUGCCAACGCGAUACUGCAAUUUUCAGAUUUUCCAUUGUCCAAAAAAACUAUUAAAGGCUUGAUGGAGGCUGAAUUUCGACUGCCAACUGAAAUACAGAAGCAGACAAUUGGCCUCGCCUUGCAAGGCAAAGAUGUACUUGGUGCUGCAAAAACUGGAUCUGGAAAGACAUUGGCCUUUCUUAUUCCCGUACUGGAAUGUCUUUAUCGUCAGCAAUGGACUUCAGAAGAUGGAAUGGGUGCUCUCAUUAUAUCACCCACCAGAGAACUGGCUUAUCAGACCUUUGAAGUCCUGCGGAAAGUGGGAAAAAACCAUGAAUUUUCAGCUGGACUCAUAAUAGGAGGGAAGGAUUUGGAAGGAGAAUCGGCGAGGAUCCAUCAAACUAAUAUUGUCAUCUGUACACCUGGCCGUCUCCUGCAACAUAUGGAUGAGACAUCAUAUUUCCAUGCUUCUGACCUUCAGAUGCUUGUAUUGGAUGAAGCUGAUAGAAUUUUGGAUAUGGGAUUUUCUGAGACGAUGAAUGCCAUUGUUGAAAAUUUGCCCAAGAAACGCCAGACGUUGCUUUUCUCAGCAACUCAGACAAAGUCUGUGAAGGAUUUGGCACGAUUGAGUCUGAAAGACCCAGAAUAUGUUUGGGUGCAUGAAAAAGCUAAAUUCAGCACCCCUGGAACACUCGAACAGAACUACGUGGUUUGUGAGCUGCACCAAAAAGUAAACAUGUUGUAUUCAUUUGUGAAGAAUCAUCUAAACAAGAAGACGAUUGUCUUUUUUUCAACCUGCAAACAAGUCCAGUAUUUAUUCCGGGCAUUUUGCCGUCUGCGUCCUGGAUUACCAGUCCUAGCACUUCAUGGCAAACAACAACAGAUGAAAAGAGUUGAGGUCUAUAAUGAUUUCUGCCGGAAAAAGGCUGCUGUCCUGUUUGCAACGGAUAUUGCUGCUCGAGGACUUGAUUUCCCUGCUGUGAACUGGGUUCUUCAAUUGGAUUGUCCAGAGGAUGCUAAUACUUACAUUCAUAGAGCUGGGAGGACAGCCAGGUACAAGGAAGGAGGUGAAGCUUUGCUUGUUUUACUUCCAAAUGAAGAAAAGGCCAUGGUGAAACAGCUGGAAGAGAAGAAAGUCCCCAUCAACAAAAUAAAAAUCAAUCCCGCAAAACUGACAAAUAUACAGGCAAAGUUGGAAGCUUUUUUAGCUCAAGAGCAAGAGCUGAAGGAAAGAGCGCAACGAUGUUUUGUAUCCUAUGUGCGAUCGGUCUACCUGAUGAAGAACAAAGAUGUUUUUGAUGUUUUCACACUAUCUUUGAAGGAAUAUGCUUUCUCCUUGGGUCUUGCUGUUCCUCCCCGAAUUAGAUUUCUUCAGAAAGCACAAAAAGAAAGAGAAAUGCUUUCUAUGAGCAAUAUAGCCGAAGGUAGCGAGCCAGCUGUUGUGAAUGAUUCUGCAGCAGAAAGCUCUCAAGAAGGAGCUGAUGAGGAAUUAGAAGACUUUAAGGUUCUAUUUCGGGAACAGACCUCUUCCCAACAAGAGGCCAAGAAGAAAACCAAAGAGAAAAUAGCUAACAAGGACAAUUUGUGCUUUCUGGAUGAUUCCAUUGAUAACAACGAUCCAAGCACUGAAGAAGAAGAGGAUAAACAAGAAGCAGCACUCCAGCUCACUGAUGAUGAUGAUGAUGCUUUUGAUGACCAUGAUGAUUCCAACCUUCUUGUAGUGAAGCGGAGAAAUGUUUUCGGCUUUAAAACAGAAGAAAUUGAAGAAACUGAAGAAGAAACAGUACCUCAAAAAGAAAAAUUAAAGAAAACAACAGCAAAGAAAACAAAAGUCAAAGAAGCAAAGAAAGUUUUGAAGAAGAAAUUUAAAGUGAAUACAAAAAUAAUUUUUGAUGAAGAAGGAGAGGUGGUUCAGCAGUGGCCACCCAUCCAAAAAAGCAAAGUAGAGAAUAUCACAGAUGAUGAUAAUGCAGGGGGAAUAAAUAUGGAGAUGGCAAAAGAGAGGCUUCGUAAGGAGGAUAAAUAUGACAAAGAAGAGUACAGAAAAAAAAUAAAAGAAAAACACAGGGUAAAGAGGCUUAAGGAAAGAGCAGCAAGAAAGGCCACAAGAAAGAAAGAUCAAUCUGAAGAGGAAGCUGUUGCUUACCUGGAACGGAGUGACGGGGAGGAAAGUUUUGAUCCUUCUGAUCUUCCUGAUCCUGAUAAAUGUAGAGACUCCGAUGAGAACAAUGACAGUAGUGUUUCGGAAUCUGAAGACUAUUACAGCAAAUCAAAUGAAGUAAAAUUCAAAAGGAAGAGAAAUGACAGCAGCAGCAGCAGCCAGGAGGAAUGCAGGGAGAUGACAGCAGCUCGGCAGAAGAGAAUGAAGUCUGAAAUUGAUUCUGAUGAGCACAGGCCACUGGACACUGGCCUGUCCCUGGCAGAAGAUGAAGAGCUAGUACUUCAUCUGUUGAACAGCAGAAACUAAUUGCAAUCUUUAGGCAGCUUUAUGGGUCGGCCCUUUUACUGUGCUAACCACGUUCAUGCGGUUGCAAUCAAAUGAGAGCAGGUGGGCCUGUCUGACAGUGAUGAAUGCUUUCUGAGCGGGUUGCUGCAUAUCUGUAGAUGUCUGCCAGAACACUGUCCACGCUGUUGCAGUGGUGAAAAAUCUUGCACUCUAUAGAAGACACCGAGUCUUUGCUUUAUUGGAAAGCUUCUCUCAUUAGUAUGUCAGAUUUAUAUAAUUGACAUCCUCUUAUGUGUUUUAAUUCCAAGUAGACAAUUGGUGGUCUCCUAUCGAAAGAGCAUUUGAGAAAAUAAAGUCAGCAGUCAGAGCAUAUUUUAUUAUGGAAGCUUUCAAUCAAUUUUCAUACAGUAAAGCAAUGUGUAGAUACUGAUAUUAUCUUGUACCUCGAAAAUGAAAAUAACUGGACAAGAGUAAAUUGUUCAGAUUAAAAUGUACUUAAUAAAUUUCAGGAGUUGGUUUUAUAAAUUAUUGCAAUGAAAAUGUUUAAGAACAUUUUUUGUACAUUUUAGAGCUAGAUACUCCAGUUUAUUUGGCCUGCUCUGUUUCCUAGAGAACUCUGAUAUAUCUGUCUCUUGCAAGAGAUCUGUUUUAUUUCAUUUGGUCUCUUUUGCUGAAUGUGAAAAAUAAUGUGAACAUUUGUUUUUGUAUGCUAACUUCCCCUUUUCCAAUGGGAUUCUAGAUAACUUUGCUACUAAAGGUUCAUGGGUAGUGUAUUAAUGCGGUAACAAUCCUUUACCAGACAGAAAUCAUUAAUAUUUUUGAAUGACAUUAGCACUGUUGGGAUUUUUGAAAUGAUUUCAGCAGUGUGAAGAGUGAAAGAAGAAAGAACGGUCUGAGCAGAAGCGAAAACCAGUGGGAAAACAAAGGCUGGAGGAGAUAACCACUAAGAAUAUUAAGAUGAUUUCAGGAAGUUUUUAAAAGCCGUGGGCUUGAUAAGAUGGUAUCACGCCCUUAACUAGCCAACAUUACUUGAGACUAUACUGGAGACCAGCUUGUGAUGCUGGAAAAUUAGCUGCUGAGCAAGUAGCUUUAGAAUAAUGGCAAUCAAUCAUGUCUCGGUUUUCACGGGUGAGAAUUGGCAAUAGUGGCCAGAGGAUUUUUUAAAACGAUGGGGAAAAAAUUAAGAUAGUUUCCAGGAAGGAGGUUCUUGUAAAACUUGGCAAAAAGUCAUAGAGUUAUACAGCAUUGAAACAAGCCCUUCAACCCAGCUCGCCCAUGCUGAGUGAGGUGCCUACUUAAGAUAGACCCACUUGUCUGUGUUUGGUCCAUAUCCCUUUCCUAACCAUGUCUUUGAAAUGUAUCCUUCUCUAUCUCUUCCUUGUUCCAUAUGCUCAUCACUUUCUGUGUGGAAAAACUUGCCUCUCUGGUCCCCCUUUAAAUCUUUGUUCUCCCAUCUUAAAUCUCUAGUCUUAGACUCCCCUAUCCUGGGAAAAAGACUGACCAUAUCUAUGCCUGUCUUGGCUUUUACAAAUUUUUAAGGGUACGCUUAAAUGAAGGCCUUCUUCAUUCCAAGGAAAACAGUGCUGCCUUUCCAGUCUCUCCUUAUAAGCUCAGGCUCUCCAAUCCUGAGUGUAAAGUUAUUCACAAUGCAAUCAAAAGGUGCAGAAAUAAAGCAAAUGAAUGAAGUUCAAGAGGAUCUGGAAGUUCUAGCACAUGAAACACAAAAAGAGGGAAAAUGGAUUUUUGAAAAAUUAUGUAGUUUGAAGCCAUCGUAGAAUCAGAAAAUUGAAGGGUUAUUGGCCCAAGUCAUGUAUUUUUCAACUGGAUCUAUUAAAGUAAUAA